AUGGCGACUACUGCUGGGACUGAGGAAGAGGAGGGGAAGAGAAGAAAAGCUCACGGAAUGCUGAAGCUCUAUUACGGAAUAAAUGACGAAGGCAAAAGCAGCGAGAAGUUGCUGGACCCCACUGAUAUCGAUGGAGUGCAUUUCAACCCAGAGCAUUACCUCACCAAGCUGAGGAAGGAGAAAUCACUGCCUGAGCUGAUGGACAUUGAGGCUGACAUGGUCCGUCAGAUACGAGCUCUGGACAGUGACAUGCAGACUCUGGUGUAUGAGAAUUAUAAUAAGUUCAUCUCUGCAACAGACACCAUCCGGAAGAUGAAGAAUGAUUUCAAAAAGAUGGAAGAUGAGAUGGAUGGACUAGCCACCAACAUGGCGGUAAUCACAGAGUUUAGUGCUCGCAUCAGCAGUACCCUGCAGGAGAGACAUCAGCACAUUACGAAGCUUAGCGGUGUCCACACUCUGCUUCGAAAGUUGCAGUUCUUGUUUGAACUUCCAGCUCGUCUGAAAAAGUGCAUCGAGCUUGGUGCUUAUGUCCAGGCUGUGUCCUAUCAUGCUAAAGCGCGCAGUGUACUCCAUCAGUACCAGCAUAUGCCUUCCUUCCAUGGCAUCCAGACUGACUGCCAGGCCAUCAUGGCAGGGUUGGCAGACACCCUGCGCCAGAGAUUCAGGGAUCCUUCCUCUUCUCCGCAGAACCUCUCUGAAUGUGUGGAGCUCCUCUUAAGCUUAGAAGAACCAGCUCAUCUUCUCUGUGAUGAAUUCCUAGCCCAUGGUCGUGGACGGCUGGCCUCCCACCUCUCCGAGUUAGAAGGGGCCAGUGAUAUUCUGGAGUUUGUUGACCGGGGCUGUGGUGGAUUUAUAAGUGACGCCUGUCUCCUGGCAGCAUCUUACCAGAGCCUUUUCUGCAAGGAGCCAGGAAGCACAGCUCAAAUGGCUGAGGAAAAGUUGACUAAGUUCUUGGAUGAACUGAGUGAAGGUUACUUUGAAUUAGUGGAGAAACGCCUGCGAGAAGAAAAGAAUCCGGGGGACAACUCUCUAUUAGUAAGAGCUUUGGAUCGAUUCCACAGACGACUGCAGGCUCCUUCUAAGUUGGUACCAGGAUGUAGUUUUAAUAGAAGGGGCACACUGAUUGUAGUGAGGGCAGCACAGGAGCGACUAUCUCAAUACCUGCAAGCCUUGAAAGACUUCUUCCAAGUUUGCAUCACUGAUGUUCGACAAGCCCUGGCUGCUCCAAGGGUCCCUGGCAAAGAGCCACCAGCUCUUGGUGACUUACUGUCGAUGCUUUCGGGUUCUGUUUUAAAUCAAAUCAAAUCUGUUUUGGCUUCUGUGCAUCUCUUCACUGCUAAAGAUGUGGCUUUCUCAGACAAGCCAUACUUCAAGGGUGAGUUCUGCAGUCAGGGUGUCCGUGAAGGAUUGAUUGUAGCAUUCAUCAAGUCUGUGUGCCAGACAGCUCAACAGUUCUGUGAUUCCCCAGGAGAGAAAGGAGCCAAUACUCCGCCACUGCUGCUGUUGCUCCUGUCUCGCCUCUGCCUGGACUAUGAGACUUCAACCAUUAGCUACAUACUAACUCUAACAGAUGAACAGUUUCUCGGACAGGACCACUCUCCCGUAACCCCCGUCAGCACUCUCUGUUCCUUGGCUCGAUCCACAGCCCAGACUCUCCUCAACCAGUAUGUGAAAUCCCAGGGGCUAGUCAUUUCUCAGAUGUUACGCAAAAGUGUUGAAACCAGAGACUGGGUGAUGACCAUUGAACCCCGAAAUGUUCGAGCUGUCAUGAAGCGAGUAGUUGAAGAUAUCACUGGUGUAGAUGUGCAGGUGGGACUCUUGUAUGAGGAAGGAGUCCGGAAAGCUCACAGCAGUGAUUCUAGUAAACGAACCUUCUCUGUAUAUAGCAGCUCUCGACUGCAGGGGAGAUAUGCUCAGAGCUACACUCCAAGUGCUCCUCUUGAUACAAACCUUCUAAGCAACAUCCAGAAGCUGUUCUCUGAGAGAAUAGACAUCUUCAGCACCGUCCAGUUCAACAAGGUCUCUAUUCUUACAGGAAUUAUUAAGAUCAGCCUUAAGACUUUCCUUGAAUGUGUUCGCCUAAGAACAUUUGGUCGCUUUGGUCUCCAGCAGAUACAAGUAGAUUGCCAUUACCUGCAGCUCUACCUGUGGCGCUUUGUCAGUGAUGAGAAUUUAGUCCAUUGCCUUUUGGAUGAGGUUGUGGGCAGUGCUGCUCACCGAUGCUUAGACCCUGCACCCAUGGAGCAGAGCGUGAUUGAGGUCAUCUGUGAGAGGGGCUGACAGAAGGACGUAGUUCUCUCAGAUCUGUAUAUAUAAGAAAGGAAUGUGUGGAUUGUAUAUAUCUCAAACACACAUUUGUGUGGUCUGUAUAUAAAUGGGGAAUACGGUGGUGUAAUGAACAGUAGGUGGCAGAAUGUUAAAUUUAAGAUACUGUAAUAUUUAAAAUAAAAUAUUAA